AUAAAAGCAUAAAUUUAAAUAAAAUAAAUGAAAUAAACAUAAUAAUCAUAAUAUUUAUGGGAAAAUCAAUUAACCGGUAAAUUUUAUUUACUGAACAAUGAAACCGGAUUGAAAACCUAAGUUCAUAAGACUGGAGAAUACAUAAAAAAAUUCAACGAAAAACUAACUGGCCAAGUAGGUUAUAAAGAGCGUAUAGAAAAAGCAAAAGAAAAUCCCGGAUUUAUGCCUUUUAAAGCUUAUUCAUUAUAAUAUGACUAAAAAAAGUGUUUUUAUACCCCAUAAAUGGAUAAAUUUGAGGGUUAUGCAUAAUUUAGGUCUCCAAGAACAUAACCUUAUUAUAAUUAAGAAAAGGAACUUAAAUUAAAUUCUAAGAAAAGAUUAUAAGUAAAAGAAUAGGAAAAGAAAAUAAAUUUAAAAGACGAAAAAAAUAAAAGUUUAUUUUCUUAUUCAGGAACUAAAAAAUUUAGCCUAGGUACGUCUUUUAUAACCGGGAAUAUGACUGAUUAUUAAAAAAGUUUAAAAAAGAAAGAAAUUCCUGUACUUAAAUAUAUGUCUCAUGAAUAAAAAACAAUAAAAUUGAACGAAAAUUUAAAAGGAACUAAAAUUAUUAACGAAAAGCUUUUAUAGACACCAAAUACACAUUUAUUAGAAAAAAAAAAAAAAUAAUAAAAUUAAACAUUAAAUGAAUCAUUAUCACCAUAAAAAAUUGAAAUAGAAGAUAUUAUUAGUAAAUAAAGAUAUAUUAAUAAGGUAUAAAGUAUAAAUUAAAAAACAUUUCCUUUCAAGAUUACUUCAGAUGAUAUUUAAGAUAAAAUGAAUGCUUUUUGUAAUUUAGAAAAUACAAGAACAUAAAAUAUAGAUUUAAUGUAUACUAGAAUAGGAGGAUUAUAAACUAAAACAUUCGAAAAAGAUAUUAAAAUAAAUUUUAAUAAAUAUUAAAAUGAUUAAUAAGUCAGAACAUUGUAAGAUAUAGAAAAAGAUUUAUAAAGAAAAAAAUAAGAAUUAGAAGGAUUUAAAUUACCGGAUAUAUAAGAAAAAAAUACAGUUAUCACUAAAGGUCGAUUCGGAUUUAAAAUUCCAUCAGAUUAAUAAUAAUAUAAUGAAGGAAAAAGAAUUAUUAUGAUAAGCAGAUUAAGUCAUUCAUAAGCCUUAGUAUUAAUGGAAAUUAGUAUACUCUUAAAAUAGUAUAAAUAUGUUAUUGAAUUACAUGAAAAUUACGAAAAAUAUACUGGUUUAAAACGCCCUUCUUUUUCUUACGAGAAAUUAACUGAUUCUAUUUUAGGUUUAGUAGGUGAAAAAAGCCAAUAAAUAGAAAAGAGUAAAAAUACAAUUAUGUAGUUUAGAAAAUUAUUAAAUGAAUGUGAAUAAAAUACUGAAAAAAAAUUUGGUUUUUUGAACGAAAAACUAGGUGAAAUCCGUUCUUUUAUUUUAGAUAAGAAUUUCGAGGCAGCCUAUAAUAAUUUCAACUAAAAUUUUUUGCAUGAAAAAGAAUACUACAGAAACAUAAAACGAGAAAUGAACUAAGGCAUGUAUACAAUCGAAGACAGGCGAAAUAAUAUAAAUGAAACCUUAGAUAAAUACGAGCUUCAUGUCAUAAAUAACUUCGAGGAAAUUGACAAAGAAUAAACCUUAAAUAAUAGACUAAGAAAGGUAGUAUAUGACGGUAUGUUAAGGAUAAAAAUAAUAAGGAGCAAAUUUUUAUAAAUAAGGAGAAAAAUCGCUAAAUUAAAAGACUAAAAAAUCGAGUUUACAGAAACUGGUACAUAUUAAGAAUAUUUAAAAGAAUUAGAAUAUAUAAAAAUGGAAGUAAAUAAAAUACUUGGAAAGCCAUCAAAUUCUCCAGUUGAUGUCAAAUUAUUAUUCGAAAAAUUAGUAGAUGAAGAUAAAAUAGAUAAUCCUUCAAUUUAAAAUUUAUCUAUUUAUCUCGGAGAAAUGUAUUGUGAUGUAUGUUAUAUUCCUUUACCUAAAAAUUUAAUUGAUAUUAUUUCAGAAACGUUAGAUAUAUUUAAUGAUGAUUUAGGUAUGAUUUACUGA